AUCACAUGAUGACGUGGGCAACAUAAACACUUAAACUCUGUGGAUUAAAGUUAAUAGUAAUCAAAACUAAUUUCACCACGAAAGGAAGUGCAAUCGAAAUGAAUGAAGAAGACAAGGUCAUUCUAGUGAGUUAAUAAAAUGACAAGGUGUUGCCUGUCAGCGUUGUAGACUACUGCCUCACAAGCCCGGGCUUUAGUGGCACUGGCAUACGCGCUUGCCUCUGCACUGAAGGAGCCACCGAACGCGUCCGCGUUGCAGCUCUCACUUUCUCCCGCUACAGUAUGUCCUACAAUGACAUAUUUGGUGGGGAUUGGCAGCCAACAAUAGGAUUGGAUUGGGACUAAAUCAAUGAAUAAAACGAUAUUGAAAUGAAUAUUAUUAACAAAUAUUUCCCAGAAUAUUUUGGGUUCAACCUAAGGCUGACUAGGACAGAUCAAUCAACUUGAUCCGACACAGUAAGCCUACAUGUCAUACGUAAGUAAACCCACAAGAGAGACAAUAUUGCAAAGGCAGGACCAUGUUCGAUGGAAGGCGUAGGGGUAGGCAAUCGAAAACGUUUGACGGGGAAAUUUCUGUCAAUAUUAGCUAGACCUACUGAGUGGGCAAGUAACCUUUCCCGCGCUCUUCCUAAAAAUACUAUUUGUGAUGUCAUAAAGGUCUAACGUUCCAUGACGUAGCAUGUAGCCCUAAAUUACAGUCCCUGCCUGCAAUAUUGUCCUCACUCUCGACCUGAACUCAACUUGAAUGUAACCAACACAGACAAGGACAUGCUUUUUGAGAUAUAAAAUAGCUUGAAUGGAUGAAGAAAAGGUAAGCUAAAUUACUUCAUACAAUAUUGGGGGAAAGUAAAAAAGGGUGAAGCAAUAUAAGCGGAUAUUUCUUGUAAAAAGCUAUAACAUAUUGUAAAGCAAAUGUACCAUUCUUUAUAAAGUCACAAGCUUAGCUCUGAAAUGGCUGUAGCUCUAUUUAUGAUGUCCUCUGCACAGAUCUACUCUGACAUUGACAUAUUAUUACUUAUUGGAAUGUCUGACCUUCAGGUAGCACAGAGGGAGGAUGGUGAUCCUCAGAGGGAAGGAAAGGAAGUUGUGGAGGAAGAACCGGUGGCCACGCCCAAAGAGGAGGCCAAGAAGGGAAGGAAGGCAAAAUGUAAGAGAAGUGGCAAGAAGUCAAGGAAGCUGGGCACUGACAACGAUGCAGUCUCCAGGAAUAAACACCUGGAUAGAGGAUCUGUAAUUGAGCUCCUGGAGAAGAAAGCUGUUAAGGCUGCAUUCGGCCCAGGCAACAAGGAUGAGAUGGAAUACUCCUACCCAAUCCUCAUCUCAUUCCUGCGCAAUCUUACUGAUGAGCAGUGGCAAGUGAUCUACAAAGGACUAAAAAACCCUAUGACGAAGGAACAGCUUGCCAAAUUGUGCAAGACAAUUGUAACCUUCAUCGCACAGACCACCCUGCAGAUCCUGCUGCCAGCCCUGGCCCGCGUACUUGGGGUAAAGGACUUUGCUGACGACGACACUGACUCACCCAAGAGGGGUGGCAGUGCAAGAUCCUUUGCUGCCUUUGAUCAGGAAAGACUGGAGCUCAUCCAGGAAGUUAGAUAUCUGGCAAAGAAAAUGUAUAAGGGCGGCACAGGGGCUCAACAUCUCAGGUCCCUAACACCCUCUUCUAAGAGGUAUGUUCCCCUUAAGGUUUUCAUGUAUGGAUUUCACCAAGAUCAUCUAUCCCAGUGUUAGCCAAUGCAAUUUACUCUAUCUGAUGUAGUACAAAAUGUAAUGUAUCAGCCUUAAUGAGCAUGUAAAGCGAUCAAAAGGACAUGUAGAUAUUUAGAAUACUAAAAUUA